GUCAAUGUCCAAACUUUAGUUUAGGAAGUGCUGUCCCACUUUUUUUCUUUCUCCCAACAAUCUAGGGCUGGGGUUUGACGGAUCAGAAAAUCCAAUCCCAGUGAGGCGGCCACCAGAGCCCCAGAUCUCUUCAGCUGUCCCAGGCAAGAGCCUAAGCCCUUGUGAAGCUGGCAAUGACAAGUCUGAAUGGUCGCCAUGCCGAAAAAGCCAUUGACAUGCCAAAACCAUCAGCCCCCAGAGUGCACGUGCAGAGGUCCGUGUCCCGAGACACUAUCGCCAUCCACUUCUCGGCAUCCGGGGAGGAGGAGGAGGAAGAGGAGGAGGAGUUCAGGGAGUAUCUUGAGGAGAGGCUGGACGACCAAAGCAUUGUAACGGGGCUCGAAGCCAAGGAAGACCUCUAUUUUGAACCUCGGGGUGACUAUGACCUCCCCGGCCCUGCCUCCCAGCCCAUCCUGGCAGACGGACUGUCCGGGUCCCCUGCCGUUUUGCCUGUCUCUGAGAACACUGUAAAGCUGUUGGAGGCCCCUCCUCUGGCGGUGCAAGUAUUAAGUACAGUGCCAUUGGCUCUGUCCCCAGGGUCAUCUUCAUCAGGGCCCUUAGCUAGUUCUCCCAGUGUGUCAUCCCUCUCUGAGCAGAAAACCAGUUCUUCCUCUCCAUUGUCCUCUCCUUCCAAGUCUCCUGUCCUCUCAUCCAGUGCCUCAUCCUCCACCCUUUCCAGCACGAAACCCUUCAUGAGCCUUGUGAAGUCCUUGUCGACCGAGGUGGAGCCAAAAGAACCCCCACACCCUCCAAGGCACAGGCACUUGAUGAAGACAUUGGUCAAGUCUCUGUCCACAGACACCUCCAGGCAAGAGUCAGAUACUGUGACCUAUAAACCACCUGAUUCCAAGCUGAAUUUACACUUGUUCAAACAGUUUACCCAGCCACGAAACACAGGUGGAGAUUCCAAAACUGCACCUUCUUCCCCACUAACGUCUCCCUCCGAUACACGCUCCUUUUUUAAAGUGCCCGAAAUGGAGGCAAAAAUUGAAGACACUAAGCGACGCCUUUCAGAAGUCAUAUAUGAGCCUUUUCAGCUCCUUAGCAAAAUUAUAGGGGAAGAAAGUGGCAGCCAUAGGCCCAAAGCCUUAUCUUCAAGUGCUUCAGAACUCUCCAAUCUUUCCAGCUUGAAUGGUCACUUGGAAAGCAAUCACAACUACAGCAUCAAGGAAGAGGAGUGUGAUUCUGAGGGGGAUGGUGACGGAAGCAAUCCCAGCAUCCCCAGAAGUGACUACCCAAAGCCCACUGAUGAGCCCCCAAAAGAGGUAGAACAGAAAAGUUCCCAGGUGAGCAGUCUAAAGGAUUUAGGCCUGAAGACAAGUUCUCUAGUCCUUGAGAAAUGUUCUUUGUCUGCCUUGGUGAGCAAAGAAGACGAAGAGUUUUGUGAACUAUACACUGAAGAGUUUGAUUUGGAAAUAGAGGGGGAGAAUAAAGUUGAUAAGCUCCUAGAUACGCCUCUCAAGCCAGAGGAGCUGGCAGACGAUGAUCCGGCUCUUGACAGUGACGAAGAGGUGGACUCAGCCAUGCAGCACCCAGACUUACCAGUGAAAACGCUGGGCUUCUUUAUACUGUGUGUCUAUGCGUAUCUCAUCCUCCCCCUCCCCCAUUACGUGAGUGGACUCUUUCUGGGAAUCGGCCUGGGAUUCAUGACUGCAGUUUGCAUGAUUUGGUUUUUUACACCACCAAGUGCUCAUAAAUAUCACAGACUACAUAAAAAUCAAAAACACUGGAACACAAGCUCUCUGGAUAUCAAGGAACCAGAAAUACUGAAGGGAUGGAUGAAUGAAAUUUACAACUACGAUCCAGAAACUUACCAUGCAACUUUGACACAUUCAGUCUUUGUUCGACUUGAAGGUGGAACCUUAAGACUUUCAAAGCCCAAUAAAAAUAUAUCCAGGAGGGCAAGCUACAAUGAAACAAAGCCAGAGGUCACCUACAUCAGCCAGAAAAUCUAUGACCUCUCAGACAGCAAGAUUUAUCUUGUACCUAAAAGUUUGGCUCGAAAACGAAUCUGGAAUAAAAAGUACCCCAUUUGUAUUGAGCUUGGUCGACAAGAUGACUUUAUGUCCAAGGCCCAGACUGAUAAAGAGACUUCUGAAGAAAAACCGCCAGCUGAGAGAGACCUGGGAGGCGAGGACCCCAAAAAGCCACCCCAUCCUCAGGAGGGAACAAGAGCUGGCCAGCGAGAUCAGAUAUUGUAUCUCUUUGGGAGAACUGGCCGAGAAAAAGAGGAGUGGUUUAGGAGAUUUAUUCUGGCAUCUAAGCUGAAGUUGGAAACCAAGAAGCCACCUGGUGUCUCUGGAAGUAAACCAGGGGUUUUGCCCUCACACAGCAGACACAGCAGUCCCUCGGGACACCUGACCCACAGUCGCAGCAGCAGUAAAGGCAGCAUGGAGGAGAUUAUGUCCCAGCCAAAGCAGAAGGAGCUGGUAGGCAGCGUGCGGCAGAAGAUGCUUCUGGACUACAGUGUGUACAUGGCCAGGUGUGUCCCCCAAGAGAACCGAAGUCCCCAGAGGAGCCCCGUGCAGAGUGCGGAGAGCAGCCCCACGGCUGGAAAAAAGUUGCCAGAGGCUCCACCCUCUGAGGAGGAAGAACAGGAAGCCUGGGUGAAUGCCUUGCUUGGAAGGAUGUUUUGGGACUUCUUAGGAGAGAAGUACUGGUCUGAUCUGGUGUCUAAGAAAAUCCAAAUGAAACUCAGCAAAAUAAAGCUACCCUACUUUAUGAAUGAACUAACUCUGACGGAACUUGACAUGGGGGUGGCUGUGCCAAAAAUCCUUCAGGCCUUCAAGCCUUAUGUUGAUCACCAAGGACUCUGGAUCGAUUUGGAAAUGUCCUACAAUGGGUCCUUUCUGAUGACUCUUGAAACCAAAAUGAAUUUGACCAAACUAGGUAAAGAGCCUCUUGUUGAAGCCCUGAAGGUUGGAGAAAUUGGCAAAGAAGGUUGCAGGCCCAGAGCGUACUGUCUGGCCGACAGUGAUGAGGAGUCGUCAAGUGCUGGCUCCUCCGAAGAAGAUGAUGCACCAGAGCCUAGUGCGGGAGACAAACCACUUCUCCCAGGAGCCGAAGGGUAUGUUGGAGGUCAUCGAACAAGUAAGAUUAUGAGGUUUGUUGAUAAAAUUACCAAGUCAAAAUAUUUCCAAAAAGCAACAGAGACAGAGUUCAUUAAGAAGAAGAUAGAAGAAGUCUCCAAUACACCCCUGCUGCUCACUGUAGAAGUACAGGAAUGUAGAGGAACCUUGACGGUCAACAUUCCACCUCCCCCAACUGACCGAAUAUGGUAUGGUUUCCGGAAGCCACCGUAUGUAGAGCUGAAAGCUCGGCCAAAACUUGGAGAGAGAGAAGUGACUUUAGUUCAUGUGACAGACUGGAUAGAGAAGAAACUGGAGCAAGAGUUUCAGAAAGUUUUUGUCAUGCCAAAUAUGGAUGAUAUUUAUAUCCCUAUAAUGCACUCAGCCAUGGACCCCCGCUCCACUUCCUGCCUCCUGAAAGACCCCCUUGUGGAGGCUGCUGACCAGCUGUGAUGGGUGAAGACCUGACGUUGCCAGUAUUGAGAUCUAGCUCCAGGUGCGGGGUUUUCGGCUGCCGUCUGUGCUGUAGCACAAGCCUUUCCUCUUGCCACAGCUUCUGCCCUCUGCCUGCCAGUGCCCAUUCCACUGUGAGGUGUCAUUCCACGUGUCCAGCAACCAGUGUCUGGAUUGCCUACUGCAAAGCUUCGACUCAGAAGAGAUUGGAAGAAUCAUGGUGGAUCCAGAGGUUACCUGACUCACACCAUGGCUCUUUUUUUGUCUACCAGUUUUUGUGGCAGCAAAAGAGCACAUUAAGAGCAAAGCUACAGCUGGAAGGCUUCCUUCCCCUUGCCUCAACUCCAAAGCUUUUCCUCAGGCAGCCAGAGCACAAAUGGAACAUUUUCUCACCCCUAGUUUGUAUGUGAUGCAGCCCUCCACAUCCUGAGAAUGUCAGUGUGGUAACAUGUGGAGGGUGGGGAAUGGAAUUUUGUAAACUGUUUCAUUGGUGAUAAAGAGGUAUGCAUAGCAACUUACUUUCCUUCAUAUUAAACUGUGUGUCUUGGAAGCAAGUAGCCAUAGUACAUACAUGGAUACAUGAUCAAACCAUCCCAAGCCUUUACCAAUGAGAUACAAUCAUACAAUCACCUGGUUCUAAUUCCAAAUGGUUUCCUAACAUGAGCAUAUGUGAAAAUGUCAAACUCCACACCAUGACCUGAUCAGUCUUCUCUAGUGUGCUCCAGGAAACUUUAAUUGGUUCUGGAUGUUCUGUGGGCAGUUUUUCUGAUGGCCCAAACUGAACAGCUAUCAUCACAAGAGUCAAGACCAAAAGUCUACUCAACUGCAGACACUACAUUUAUCUCAGAAUUAAUGUGACAUUUCUUCAACGUUGCCAACUUUGAUUUGUGCAUUUGUGUCAGAACGUUUCGUUUACAAGUGUGGAGGCCCUGUCUAAUUGUAUAAUUUGCUUUGAGAAGUACAUUUAAAAUGAUUUGUUUAAAGCUGCGUUCAACAUCAAAAUUACCUUGCGUAACUUUUGAUAAUUUACAUGUGUACUAAGCUAAUAGUGAUUUUUUAAAACAGCACCUUGCCUGAACAUGACUUUGAAGAAAUUAAUAUAUUAAAAAAUAUUUGAACCCUUAUUUGAUUAAUGGCACCAUUAAACCAUUUGACUUAAAUUUGACCAUUCCCGUUGGUGUGCUGUUCUAAUUUCUCAUUGUGUAAGCUAGUUUGCCAGUCAGUCCGCAUGUCUUGUUCACUGGUCUUUAUAAUUUGUGCAAUAACUAAAGGCGAAGGACUAGAUGCACUGUGUAGAGAUUACACGACUGUACCCUAUUGCACUUAAGUAGUAAUGUGGGGAUUUACAAUCGCUUGCCUUGUUUCACAGAAUAAAUGUCAAAUACUAGAUAAAAGCAUCUCAGUUAUUUCUACUAAAUCCGGUUUAAAUAGGGACAGAGUAAACAGUGGGUACAGGGCACUUGGGCCCUCAGCUGCCAAUA